GGCAGCGCAGACUCGCGCCGACGACUGCAGAGCAUCAACCACUUCAAUAUAUCGCAUCGCAUCGCACCGGACCACACCACAAACACGGCACGGCACGCAAUUGCGCCCCAUCAUGCCUCGUGUCGCCCAGAUGCCGCGCAAAAGCGUGGGCAGCAGAGCUCCCUCUAGUCUGAUGGGAGAUUCCCCUCUCAAGAUCCCCCUCAACGAUGAUCAUUCAGAGAAGAAGGGCCGCUCCAAGGAGAGGCAGGCCCUUCACGAGAAACAGAUCAACAACCUCAAAGCCGCCGCAGCCACCCCCGUACGCAAAUCCAGUUACCGGCUGAGCGACCUCGACAACCAAUCCCCCAGCUCAAUUCAGAGGACCCCUGCCCAACGCCGCGCUCAGGUCGACGAAGAUGAGGUUCUUUACGUUGGCGGAAGCAGUGUCACCCCUAUGAAGCGUGUCCCCAUCCUCGCCAACUUCGAGGAAUGGAUGAAGAUGGCUACAGACAACAAGAUCAACGCCGCCAACUCGUGGAACUUUGCCCUGAUCGACUACUUUCACGACAUGUCUCUCCUCAAGGAAGGCGAUGGCGUCAACUUCCAGAGGGCGAGCUGCACAUUGGAUGGCUGUGUCAAGAUUUAUACGAGCAGAGUCGACAGCGUGGCCACCGAGACCGGCAAGCUCCUGAGUGGCUUGGCCGAUAGCAACAGCAAGAAGAAGGGCAGGGAUGAGGGCGAUGGUGAGGACAGCGAGGAGGAAGUCGACGAGGACGGCAACGUUGUUACCAGGAAGAAGCAGAAGCGACAACGCUCAUCCGAAGCAACCCUGGCCCCCUCCUUUGCCUCGCUGCAGCUGAAGAAGCUCGAGCUCGAAUUCGCCGUCGAUCCCUUGUUCAAGAAGGCCUCGGCAGAUUUCGACGAAGGCGGAGCAAAGGGUUUGCUUCUGAAUCACUUGAUGAUAGACGGUCAAGGCCGAAUCGUUUUUGACAGCAGUGAUGAUGCGAACGACGCAGCAGCCGGACGUAUCAAGCUUCGACGCCGCGAAGAUGUUGCUGAGGGGGAUGAGGACAUUGUUGAAGAUGAGGAAGACGAUGCCACCAUUACCGGAAAGGAGCCCGAGCCAGAAGAAGAUGUCGAGAUCGACAUUGGUGCUCUCGGUGCCAAGUUCUUCCCCGAUCUCGGCAUUCUUGAGACCCAGGACGUCUGCCCGUCGUUGAAGACCUUCGACUUGGGUGAUCCUUCCGGAUCCCUCGACAUACCCUUUUUGCGCGCCCCUGAAGACUGGCAAAACCAAGGCAAAGAUGGGGACGAGUCACAUACUACUGGCGACAAGUCUGGUAUGUUCAUUGACGACGACAAUCCCUUGGGCUUCGACGACAUGACAAACAUGGGAGGCUUUGAUGUAGUGGAUGCCGCAUUCGGUGAAGGUGGAGAGGCCUGGGCCCGGGAAGCUGCGUUAGAGCCACAAAUGCGCCCCUAUAAUGUCGCCAACGAAGACGGUAUUGGCGGAGAUGGUUCAGCAAUUGACGACGAAAAUGGCGACUACAUUGUGCGCAUGGCUCAUGGCAAGGACACGGACAAGAUGCAUGAAGACAUCCUCGGCUAUUUCGACCAGGCCUUGCAGAAGAACUGGGCAGGACCAGAGCACUGGAGGAUACGAAAGAUUAAAGACGCCAACAAGACGGAGCCUACUCGCCAGCGCAAAGAGAAGGAGCCUUUCGAGAUUGAUUUCGCCUCAUCUCUAGACUCCAAGCUAGCUGAGCAGAUCUACACUCAAGCAAGCACCAAUUCUGCUAUUUACAUGCCUAAGAAGGACUGGAAAUCAAAAACCCGAAACCUACUACCAGACGAUAAGCACUUCAGCUCCAAACAGCUGUUAAGCCUCUUCCUGAAACCAAAGGCCCGAAUGAGCAGCAGGAGGCGACUACUCAAUAAGGGAGGCAUGUUCGGUAAUGCGGGUCAACAAGAGAACGUACCUGAGGGCGAAAUGGACGAAGCCUUCUGGGCUAACAAGGAACCACUGCAAAGCACAGAGCAGGACGAAACUGCUCUCCCACAGGGCGACUACGAUGCCAACUUCUUCGAUGAUGAAAUGCCACUACCAGGUGGUGGUCUUUUGGAUGAUGAAGAUGACCUUGAGUUCGCCGACGCUAGAGAUCACUUCUCGCCUGGCGCAGAAGUUCCCAUUACAGAAAACGGCGGCCUCACGGCAUUGCUGAAUGGUGGAAUGACUACCGGCGGCUUUGGCACACAACUUGUUACUUCGACACGACGCCUGCGGCCUGAAUAUGUGCAAUUUGCUAGAGUAGCGAAGAGAGUUGACGUCAGGCGCCUAAAGGACGAGUUAUGGAAGGGCAUUGGCUUUGAGUCGCUCGAUGAGCGCAACCGGUCGCGAUUGCUUACACCGCCGGAGUCUUCUCCGGCCAAACCUCAGAACUCGUCCGCAGCAGACCCUACGCUCAAGUUCACAGAUGUCAUGAACAACCUGCAGACCGUCUAUCCCAAAGCGGUCAUGGAUGACAUUUCCACCAGUUUCUGCUUUAUCUCUCUAUUACAUUUGGCGAACGAAAAGGGCCUUGUUAUUGAGAAGACGCCAGACCUUCUAGAGCUAAACAUUCGGAAAGACUGGAGUGCAGAAGUUACAGCGGAAGGUUAACUUUUUCUCGCGGUGGAACAGAGAGCAAAUGACAGACAGCAUUUUGUAACGAGUCAAAUGGUGAACGAUGAGUAAUGAACAUUUCGCAAGGCAUUCAUAGGGUAGAAUGCAGAGACGGAUCGCAACACAGGAUACCUUUGAUUGCCGACCAGGCUUGGGGCGUUGAGCUAAAGCUUGUUGGUGGGAUAUACACACUUGAUUGAAUAGCACAGCGGCAAAAUCAUCUGAGAUUGGUUUCACUCCAUAAGUCUGGCUGAAGCUCCUUCCCUUCGCUUUCCCC